GGGCGGCGGGGCAGCGGCGCUCAGUCAAGCCUCAGUCGCUCAGUUAAGGGAGACCGCGUCGCGAGUCCUAAGGUCGAGCGCUGUCCCUCCAGUCGCCUUGGUCCUCGAGGCUCGACCCGAUCGCCGCCCGCUUCCUGGAGGCUCACGCGUCCCGCAGUCGCCGCCCUCGCUCUCUCCCUCCACAGGACUCCGGGAGCCCUCGCCAUGGGGGCCUUGUUGACCCGGCUCCUCAGCCUGAUCCAGAGCUCUCGCUCCUGCAGGAUCCUCAUGGUCGGUCUGGACGCCGCAGGGAAGACCACCAUUCUCUACAAGCUGAAGUUGGGCGAAGUUGUGUCCACGAUUCCCACCAUCGGCUUCAACGUGGAGACCGUCGAGUACAAGAACAUCAGCUUCACCGUCUGGGACGUGGGCGGCAAUUCCAAGAUACGCCGCGCUAUGUGGAAGCACUGCUACCAGCACUCCGACGCUGUCAUCUACGUGGUGGACAGCAGCAACGCGAAGAGGCUGAAGGAGGCCAAGGAGGAGCUGGACGCCAUUCUGGAGUGCGAGGAGGUGGUGAGGCUUCCCCUGCUGGUGGUGGCCAACAAGCAGGACAUUUCCAAGGCGCUGUCCGUGCAGCAGCUGAGCGAGGGCCUCGACCUGCGGCGCCUCGACAGGCCCUGGCACGUGCAGCCCACGUGCGCCAUCACGUCGGAGGGCGUGUACGAGGCCCUGGACUGGCUGGCCAGGGAGCUGGCCUAG